UCAUUAGAAUCAUUGUAUGUAUUGUACGUGGCAAAAUAAUAUAUAUACUGAAACAAGUAUAACUAAUAAUUUUAAAUUGUGUGAAAUUUAAACAUUAAAAUAUUCAACAAUUUAAAUAAACUGUAUUUUUAUUUUUUCUGAAAAUUCAGUGCGAAUGAGUAAAAUUUGGAUCCUAUAAUUUUGUCGGCGAAUUGUAGGAUAUUUAAACAUAUAUUAAUAUAAUCUAUUAUAUUUUUAUAAUGUAUGAAAUAAGAUAUAAAGACAGAUAAAAUGUAGUUGAUUUAAUUUAAUUGGAAAAAUUGAUCAAAAUGCAUUAAGUUUCAUACGUGCGUAAAAAUUAAUAAGAGGUUAUGUUUAUAAGUAAAAAAUUUUAAAAAUACACAAUGAAUUCCGAAUCCAAAAGUAUUUUAAUUGACAAUACGAAAAGUAAUACAAAAUAUGAAUCUCCCAGAGAGAUAAAAAUUCUCUGCUUUGAUAUAAGCCAUUGCAGUGUACAAGUACAAUUUUUCUUUUGUUGUUUUGGGAUAUUUUUCUUUUACAUUUUGUACGGAUAUUUACAGGAAACGAUAUUUUCUUUAGAUGGAUUCAGACCAUUUGGAUGGUAUCUAACUCUCAUUCAAUUUGCAUAUUAUUCAGUAUUUGGUUGGUUUGAGUGUAAAAUCAAAGGAGUAACACGAAGAAUACCCAUUAGCACUUAUUUAUUGUUAGCACUUUUAACUCUAGGCACAAUGGGUUUUUCGAAUUCUUCUUUAGGAUAUCUUAAUUAUCCAACCCAGGUAAUAUUCAAGUGCUGUAAACUAAUACCAGUAAUGAUAGGAAGUAUUGUAAUACAAAGAAAAAAAUAUGGACCAUUAGAUUUUACAGCAGCGACUGUGAUGUGUCUAGGACUGAUACUAUUUACCCUUGCCGAUAGUAUGAUAUCGCCACGAUUUAACAUGAUUGGAGUGGCAAUGAUUAGCAGUGCUUUAGUAUGUGAUGCUCUAAUUGGAAAUAUUCAGGAAAAAGCAAUGAAUUUGUAUAAAGCCACAAACACAGAAGUUGUUUUAUACUCCUACAGCAUUGGCUUCGUGUAUUUAUUGUUAAUACUUAUAACAACAGGCGAUAUUCCAACAGCGACAUCUUUUUGCAUGAAGCAUCCUUUGGAAACGUAUGGAUAUGCUCUUCUGUUUUCACUCUCUGGUUAUCUGGGGAUUCAGAUAGUUCUUAUUUUGGUACAAACUUGCGGAGCAUUUGUAGCUGCAACUGUGACAACAUGUAGAAAAGCUGUGACAAUAAUAUUAAGUUUUCUAUUUUUCUAUAAGCCAUUCACCUUCCAGUAUCUUUGGUCUGGGCUUCUUGUCGUUUUAGGAAUUUAUUUAAAUAUUUUAAGUAAACAAAAAGCCCCUCCAAAGGUGAGCCUUCAUAAAAUAGUGUCGACUUGUAAAAAAUGCUGGAAGAAACACAAUCGAAUCCAAAGGCAAUUAAUGACAAAUGUUUAGAAUUUUUGUUUUAAAACAACGCUCAAGAUUGAAAAUAGAAUAUUUGUCAUUAAUUUUUCGAAGCUGGCUGUAAAUAUUGUGUAUUACUCAGCAAUCCAGUAUUUUCCUAACUUUAAAUAAAUUAUUGUUGAAAAGAAAAAUUUUAAUUUUGAAAAUGAAUGAAAAAUUAUCAAAUUAAAUGAUAAUAGAGCGAGAUAAUUAGAAAAUUUUGAAUUGCUCAAUAUUUAUAAAGAUACAAAAUAAAUGUGUUUUAAAUAAGAGUAAGAAACAUUUAAA